AUGCCUGACUCCACUGAUACCUCCGUUGGGAAACCCUCAGAACAUCAUUUUGAGCAUGCUCACCACGAUGAGAAGCGCCCCGACACAGAAUUGGCCCUAGCCAGCCCGCCCCUUUUCGCGGGGGUGGACGAGGCAGCUGUCCUGCGCAAGAUGGAUAUUCGUUUGAUUCCUAUGCUGAGCCUGCUCUACCUCCUGGCAUUUUUGGACCGAGGCAAUAUUGGUAACGCCAAAAUCGAGGGUUUGGUGGAUGAUCUACACAUGACGGGGCCGCAGUACAACUGGACGUUGACCGUGUUCUUCUUUACCUACUGCGUCUUCGAGUUGCCCAGCAAUCUUCUUCUCAAGAAACUGCGGCCGUCCAGAUGGCUACCAUUGAUUAUGGUUGCAUGGGGAAUUGUAAUGACCCUGAUGGGUAUUGUUCAAAGCUAUGGCGGGCUCCUCGCAACUCGUCUUUGCCUCGGAAUUGCUGAGGCGGGUUUAUACCCGGGAGUGGCCUAUUACAUUACGUUGUGGUAUCCACGCCACCGCGCGCAAUUCCGACAAGCACUGUUCUUCAGUGCCGCCAGUAUCGCUGGGGCAUUCUCCGGACUACUAGCCUAUGGCAUUGCGAAAAUGGACGGAGUCGGUGGCUACGCGGGCUGGCGCUGGAUCUUUAUCCUGGAGGGGAUUCUCACCGUCCUCGUGGCGUUCAUCGCUCCAUUUGCGAUUCACGACUCCCCCGAGACAGCCACCUUUCUCACGGAGCAAGAGCGUCGGUUCGUGAUCCACAGCCUCCGGAUCCAAAACUCAGCAGACUCGCGCGAAAUGGUGCAGGACGAGGCCAAAUUUCAGAUCAAAUAUGUGAUUGACGCUUUCACCGACUGGCAGAUUUGGCUGGGGCUGUUCAUGUACUGGGGCAUCACUUGCCCACUCUAUGGCAUCUCUUUCUUCCUCCCAUCCAUCAUCAAAGAUCUGGGAUAUAAGUCUUCGACGGCACAGCUUCUGACGGUCCCAAUCUACAUCACCGCCGCGAUAGUCGCCGUCGUGGCAGCAUGGUUCUCCGACCGCCGCAAGCAACGCUCUCCCUUCAUUCUGUUCUUCAUGUCCUUGAUCGCCAUUGGCUUCAUAAUUUGCCUGGCGGCCAGUGGGCGGGGCGUUCCUGGUGUGGUAUACUUUGGCGUAUUUAUCGCGGUCAUUGGAAUCUACCCGGCUUUCCCAGGGAAUGUUACUUGGAUAAGCGUCAAUUUGGCCGGCGACUACAAGCGCGCAGCCGGAAUGGCCAUCUAUAUUGGAAUGGGCAAUCUUGCAGGAGCAAUGGCAUCAAACUUCUAUCGCGCCAAGGAUGCGCCACAGUAUGUUCUCGGUCACUCCCUGGAACUUGGCUUCGUGAUCGUGGGUAUGAUCGCAACCGUUCUCCUGCGAUUCUCAUACCAGCGCAUCAACCGGAAACGCGACCAGCUUGACCCUUCGCAAUAUCCUGAUGAUCCAGACUCUAUGGGAGACAGAUCUCCUCUGUUCAGGUACAUGUUGUAA